ACUUGAGAAUCCGCUACAUCAACGAGUCGUGAGAAUGAUCACCAAAGGUUUAUUUUUUUUCGCACUCCUCUACCUUUGUGAAAGUUUUUUCACACCCAGUUCGCUCAAAAAACAUGGUACCCCAUUCACUGGAUAUGCUGGAGAACCUCUGAUUUUGACUCCUCUGAUCAGAGAAAACAAGAUUCGUGAGGCUCGAGUUGCAGCAACAGUGAAUUUCGAAGGAUUCCUAGGCAUCAAGAGCUUCUCUGGAUACCUCACAGUGGACGAAAUCUACAAUUCAAACUUAUUCUUCUGGUUCUUUCCAUCUCAAAACGAUUACGAGAAUGACCCAGUUCUGUUGUGGCUCCAAGGAGGACCUGGUUCUCCAUCCAUGUAUGCCGUAUUCCAAGAACAUGGUCCAUUCGUCUUCAAAGACGAGAACACCCUGGGAUUAGCAAAGGAGACUUGGACAAGGAACCAUUCUGUCAUCUACAUCGAUAGUCCUGCAGGUACUGGUUGGAGCUACACUACAGGUGGUUACGCCCAAAAUCAGACUAAAGUCGGAAGAGAUUUGCACGAAGCUCUACAACAAUUCUUCACACUCUUUCCUGAAUUAGUGAAAAAUGAGUUCUUCAUCACUGGAGAGUCUUAUGGGGGUAAAUACGUACCAGCUUUAGCUUACACGAUUUUGAAGCAGAGAGGGCUUGCAAAAGUUGAAAUCAAUCUCAAAGGUUUGGCAAUUGGAAAUGGAAUGAGUGACCCUGAACAUCAAAUCAAAUAUGCAAACUAUGCUUAUCAACAUGGUUUCGUUGAUUCUACGGUCAGAGAUGCAAUGGCUGCUCUAGAAGAAAGAGCUGUUGAACACAUCAGAAAUGAGGAGUAUGUUGAAGCAAGUGACCUGAUGAACCAAGACUUUGGUGGCGAAGGCUCGCUCUUUUACGAUGCCUCAGGCAUCUCUAACGUCUACAACUAUUUGAACGCUAUCGAUGAUGGUAUAGGAGAUGCUAUGAUGGAUAAAUACUUCAGUAGGGCUGACGUCCGUGAAGCCUUACAUGUUGGAAGUACCACAUUCGGUGAUGAAAACGUCUACGCCAAUCUCGAGUACGACAUACCCAAACCAAUCACAAGUUGGGUGGCAGAACUGCUCAGUCACUAUCGAAUCCUCUUCUAUAAUGGUCAGUUGGACAUCAUAGUGGCUUAUCCCAUGAUGGUGGAAUAUUUGCAGGCUCUCAACUUCAGUUCGGCUGAAGAGUACAAGGUGGCUAAUAGGUAUCAGUGGUAUGUGGGAGAUGAUCUAGCUGGUUACGUCAAGUAUGCGGGUAAUCUAACGGAGGUUUUGGUCAGGAACGCCGGUCACAUGGUACCUGCUGAUCAGCCAGUAUGGGCCAGUGAUCUUAUCACCAAGUUCACGAGGAACAAGGUCAUACACUUGUAGAAAUAUGAUUGAAAUAGCUACUCAGGAAGUGGAAGUGGUCUUGUAUAUAAUUAAAAAACAGUUGAGCAU